CUCUGCGCUUGCGCACAACAAUUUGUCGUGUAGACUGACCAUAGUCCGCGACUGUUGCUUUUACUCUUGUUCUACGUUACUGUCAAAUGUCUGCCAACGACGUCUUUGAGCUAACACUUGGACCAAUUACCUGCCACGCAUGGAACGGCGACAGAACGCAGGUGGCGAUAUCUCCUAACAACAACGACGUCCACAUUUACAAGAAAUCCGGCGCAAACUGGGAAGUCAUCCACGAAUUGAAAGAGCAUGGAUCCAGAGUGACUGGAAUAGACUGGGGACCAAAAUCAAACCGUCUAGUUACUUGUGGUGCUGAUCGAAAUGCCUACGUGUGGACUUACGACGAAGAGAAGAAGAAGUGGAAUCCAGUUCUUGUGUUGCUGAGGAUAAACCGAGCUGCAACUUGCUGCAAGUGGUCACCACAAGAGAACAAGUUUGCUGUGGGGAGUGGAGCUCGCCUUGUUUCUAUUUGCUACUUUGAGGAGGAACAGAACUGGUGGGUGAGCAAGCACAUCAAGAAACCCAUCAGAUCAACAGUGUUGAGUGUUGACUGGCAUCCCAACAACAUCCUGGUUGCUUGCGGCUGUGCUGAUUUCAAAGCAAGGGUUUUCUCGGCGUAUGUCAAGGAAAUUGAGGGCAAGCCAGAGUCAACUCCUUGGGGAAAGAAAAUGACGUUUAGCAAUUUGAUGGCUGAAUUCUCCAAUGGAGGAGGUGGAUGGGUGCAUGACGUGUCGUUCUCGGGUUCUGGUAAUAAACUGGCUUGGGUCGGUCAUGAUUCGAGCAUCUCUGUUGUCGAUGCAGCUCACGACAACCAACACUCAACUGUGAAGAGUGUAUUUCGUCCAUUCGUGGCCUGCACUUGGGUGACCGAGAACAGCCUGGUUGUUGCUGGGCAUGAUUGCUGGCCAGCUCUAUACAACCAUGAUGAUCAUGGCAAGCUGACGUUCAUCAAUAAGUUGAAUGUUUCUUCCAAAAAAGUUGGAGGUGGAGCCUUGAGUGCUAUGGACAAGUUCAGGCAUAUGGACAAGAGGGCAAGUACAACAGGCACUCAGACUGAUCUGGAUUCAACUCAUCAGAAUACGAUCACAUCUAUCACUAUUCACAGUGGUGGAAGAGACAAUGUCACCAAGUUCACAACCUCAGGGGUUGAUGGUCGUCUGGUGAAUUGGACAGUCAAGUCACUGGAAUCUGCUAUUGCUGGACUGAAGUUUCAGUGAAAUCGUGAAGUUUCAGUGAAUCGUGAACACAUUUUGAGUGCUUUAGCAAUUGCUUUUGACUGUUGUACUUGUGCUUGUGUGUCGUAGGUGAUAAAUUGAUAAAUUGUUAGCUGUUCUUGUUGAGCAGAAUAUCAUGUCUUAGUGUACUCUGCA